GUGAGGAGGGAAACUUGAAAACAACGACCCAUUUCUUGCCUACCCUUCUGCUACUCUGCUCGUGCUUAACAUUGUUCCGUGUCUUACCACACCCAUGGCCACCAAACGACUCGCCAAGGAGCUGGGGCUGGUGCAGAUGCAGCAGAUGAAUGUCACCUCCAAAAAGCUUACUGUUGAGCAGGAGUUUCAGUACCUGGUGGUACUUGACUUUGAAUCUACCUGUUGGGAGGGGAAAUGGAAUGCACCAGAGCAGGAGAUAAUUGAAUUUCCUGCCGUGCUGCUCAAUCUGCAGUCUGGUGAGGUCAUCUCUGAGUUCCAGCAAUACGUGAUGCCCAUGGAGCAGCCUGUCCUCUCACCCUUCUGCACUAGCUUGACUGGCAUAACCCAAGAACAAGUAGAUGCUGGUGUUCCUCUAGGGACCAGUAUUUAUCUCUUCUCUAAGUGGUUGCAGUCCCUCUGUGAGCAGCAUAAGCUGUCCUUCUGUGCUGCUGUGCCAGGGAACCGUGCAACAUUUGCUACAUGGUCAGACUGGGACCUUGAGAUUUGCCUUCAGCGGGAAUGUACACGCAAAAGAAUUAGAAAACCUGAAUUCUUCAACCAAUGGGCUGAUGUGAAGCUCCUGUACAAGAAAUUCUACCAGCGGAAGCCAAAAGGGUUAGCAGGGGCCCUGCAGGACCUGGGCCUGACCUUCCAGGGACGGGAGCAUUCAGGAAUCUCUGAUGCUCGCAACACAGCAACACUUAUUAGCCGUAUGGUGCGUGAUGGGUGUGAGAUCACAGUGACCAAGUCCUUGGCACCUGUGGCACACAAAACCAGAAUAUUGCUGGCCACCCAUGGAAAGAAGCAUUGACUAAAACUUCACAACUGCAGUACUGCUUCACUAAAAGGAAUGGACAAACUGAGCUGAAUGACAUCUAUGGCACAUAUUGUACGCUCAUUUGUAUCUUCUAUAUCUGGUCUUCCUCCAUCCCCAAACAUCCUUCAUGAGGUUGGCAAUGACAGGAAGGUCCUAGUCCUUUUCUCUUAAAGCAUUUCCUCUUUGUGUAGUUAUAGUCUUGCCUAUCAUCUCUUUUUCUCUACAAUGCUUGUUCAUUGUUUAUUCCCUUCAGUUGCGGCAUCCCUCCAGUGAAUUCAUUUAGUUGCUCCUCCAUUCAUUUAGUUCAUAUUUGUCAACCAGUGGAAUUUAUUGCAACCAUUACUCUAUUGGGGCAUCAUCUGUUGUCACUUAUUACCACUACAUCAGUACACUAUCCAGCCUUCCAAGCACAAGGUUCUUUAUUACAGACACUGAUUACUGUAAAGCUAUCUACAUACUAGAAACUGUUUUUAAGAUAUUGUUUAAAGGUAUCUUUCCUAUACUUUAUCCUAAGUAAUAUGCAAGAAUGCUUGAAAUUAUGCAUGUAGACUUCUUGUCUCUCUGCAUAAGGUGUGUAACACAUUUCGGUGCUGCAUAUAUAAAUAUAUGAACUUUG